AAUGUCAAUACUUUUAUUAUUCUUGUUUGCACAUCGUUUUUUUUUUUUGUUUUUUCGGUCACAAUUCCCCCUCGAAAGUAUAAAAGUUGCGUUCUCGAAACGUGAGGGUCUCAGUUGGUUCCUUCUAUCGAGAAACUUUCACAGCUAAAAAUGAAGUCUGUUGUUGCCCUGUUUGCCACCGUUUUGGCCAUUAUUUUGGUGGCUGGCGUGAGUGCGGAUGCGGGUCGCUCCGCCUGCAAGGAUGAGUCCGAGAUUGGACAGACGUAUACGCAUCACUUCGAUGCUGCCAAGUACUGGCUGUGCGAGACCCUCGGCGUUCCGGCCACCGAGGUGGACUGCCCCGCGGGACUGGCCUACAUGCAUCUGCUCAAGGAGUGCAUCCCAUGGGCCAGCUACAUCUGGAAGAAGCCCGAGAUGCCACCAACUGUGGCCUGAAAAUAAAUGACCCAGCUCUUGAAUGUUCAAAACUGCAA